AUGGCUCAUGUGUUGGCUUAUGCCUGUUUUACUCAAGAUGCUUUCACCACAACAAAAAAGAAAAAUUCAAAUAUGCAACAAGGCGAGUCUUCUUUACUUAAAGCAAUCGAUUCUACUUUACGAAUCGAAGAUAAAGCUGAUGAAAAGAAACGAUUGAUGAUCGCGUAA